UCCCUCUUGUAUACUGCCACGUCUCUGCCGAGUUACACAAUCACGGAGUUGGCAUGAGAUCGGCUGAAGGGUCGAGAAACUUCAAGCGACCAAAGAAGCGAAAGUAGCUGCAAAUAGCUGCAAAGCAGCACAGCUCUCUUGCCGAUCACUGGCGGUCACAAGCGCGCGCCCGCGAGAAGCCUGUGGCGGUCCCGCGAUGGCUUGGAUGGACGACCUCCAGACCGCCCUCUCCGCCCAUGGCCUCACCGUCGCCUCCAUCCCAGGGAAAGGCCGCGGUCUCGUCACCACCCGUGACUUCUCACCCGGAGAAGUCAUUAUUUGUCAAGAGCCUUAUGCAUCUACACCUAAACAAAUUUCUAGUGGCUCAAGUUGUGAUGGAUGUUUUGCAUCCAACAACCUAAGGAAAUGCUCAGCUUGUCGGGUUGCAUGGUAUUGUGGGAAUGCAUGCCAGAGAUCAGAAUGGAAGUUACAUCAACUAGAAUGCCAAGCUCUUGUGGCUCUUAGUGAGGAAAGAAAGAAAAAGCUCACUCCUACCAUUCGUCUAAUGGUGAGACUGAUGCUAAGGAGAAAAUUGCAAAGUGAGCAGGUUAUUCCAACUACUGCAAUAGAUAACUACAGCUUGGUGGAGGCUUUGGAAUCUCAUAUCUCUGAUGUUGAUAAGGAACAGCUAGUGCUGUAUGCACAGAUGGCUAACCUUGUCAAGUUAGUACUUCCUUCACUGGAGGUCGAUUUAAAGGAGAUCGCAUGCAAUUUUUCGAAGGUGGCAUGUAAUGCUCAUACUAUCUGCGAUAGUGAACUUAGACCCCUGGGGACUGGACUAUAUCCUGUAAUUUCCAUCAUUAACCACAGUUGUUUGCCCAAUUCAGUUUUGGUAUUUGAAGGUCGAGUAGCUUUUGUCCGUGCUGUGGAACCUAUACCUAAGUGUGCUGAGGUCUUGAUAAGUUAUAUAGAGACUGCAGCAACCACUCAGACACGGCAAAAUGAUCUCAAGCAGUAUUUUUUCACCUGCACAUGUUCUUGCUGCACCAAGAAUUCAUAUGAGGAGCUUCGGGAAAAUGCUAUCCUGGAAGGUUAUAGAUGUAAGGACAAGAAAUGCAAUGGAUUCUUGCUUCUUGAGUCAGAUAAAAAAGCUUUUCGGUGCCAGCAAUGUGGCCUUGUUAGGGAUCAACAAGAGAUAGAGAAGAUUGCUAGUGAAGUAGCACAAUUAUCACAAAAAGCUUCUGCUGUUCUGUCCUCUGGCAAUUAUUCUGAAGCAAGUGCUAUAUACAAAACCAUCAAGCAGCUCCAGCUUAAGGUCUGUCACCAAUGUUCAAUCUAUCUGCUGCGAACCCACGAGACCCUGAUAAAGAUCUUGAUGGAGCUAAAAGACUGGAGAGGUGCCUUAACAUAUUGCAGAUUAACAAUUCCAGUUUAUCAAAGAGUCUAUCCAGCAGUUCACCCGAUGCUAGGGCUGCAAUUCUAUGCUUGCGGGAAGCUUGAGUGGGCACUCGAGUGCACUGAGGAUGCUCUCAAAUCAUUCACCAAGGCGAUGGAUGUACUGCGAAUUACUCAUGGGACCAGUACACCUUUUAUGAGAGAUCUAUCAAGGCAGCUUGAGGAGGCCCGCGCUGAAGUUUCUUAUAAGCUCUCAGCCAAUGAUUGAUAACAUCGACAACUAAUUUACUGACUUCCAGAGAUGUUGACAAUAGAAAUCUUCCGAUAUUGUUGAGAAUCCUGGAGUUGCUGCUCACACUACCAGCUAGGGAAGAGAUCUGGGUAAAACAUUGAACCAAACUGUUGAUAUGUCAUGUGUUCAGAAUGUUGCUGUAGUUAGUGGUUGGGGCUUGCUUGCCCCAGAUUUUUAUCUUUUCUUUCUAACUUUGCAUAAAUACUGAAUUAUUGAAAUAUGUAUUACUGUUUCUUUUUUUAUGUAUUCUUAAAUAUUAUGCGUUGGGAGUAAAUAAAAACGUUUUGUCAUGUGAAAG